UAUAAGAGAAACGGGCAAAGCCACAAUUUGUCGGCUUCAGAAAUGGAGGUGGAGACUCGUGUUAAAGCGUAUCGCUUUGUGGCCUAUGCUGCUGUUACAUUCAGUGUUGUUGCAGUACUUUCGGUAUGUAUCACACUUCCGAUGGUCUACAACUACGUCUCGCACGUGAAGAAGGGUAUUCAUCACGAGAUCCGGUACUGUAAGGGUUCUGCUAAAGACAUUCUCAACGAGGUCUCCUCGAUCCGUUCCAACCGUACCGCCCGUCAAGCUUCUUACGGAGAUUCUGGUGCCGCUGGAUCUGCUGGGGCCGCUGGAGGAUCCUGCUCUGGAUGCUGUCUUCCAGGUCCAGCUGGACCCGUCGGUACCCCAGGAAAGCCAGGUCGUCCAGGAAAGCCUGGAGUAGCUGGACUUCCUGGAAAUCCAGGACGUCCACCACAAGCUCCAUGUGACCCAAUUACCCCACCACCAUGCAAACCGUGUCCACAAGGACCACCAGGAGUUCAAGGACCACCAGGACCAGCUGGAGAUGCUGGACUUGAUGGACAGCCAGGAGGUCCAGGACAAGAUGGACAACCAGGUCAACCAGGACCAAAGGGACCACCAGGAGUCAAUGGACAACCAGGAGCACCAGGGCAAGAUGGGAACCCAGGUCAAGAUGCUCCAUCUGAGCCACUUGUUCCAGGAGAACCAGGUGCACCAGGAGAGGCUGGACCACAAGGACCACCUGGACAACCAGGAACUCCAGGACAAAAUGGUCAACCAGGUCAACCAGGACCAAAGGGGCCAUCUGGACAACCAGGACAACCAGGAUCUGAUGGAAAUCCAGGACCAGCUGGACAAGCCGGACAAGCAGGAAGUGUUGGAGAGAAGGGAAUCUGUCCAAAGUAUUGUGCUAUCGAUGGAGGAAUCUUCUUUGAGGACGGAACCCGACGAUAAACUGUUGAUAAUUGCAUUAUUUUAUGUAUCUGUUUAUAAAGUUUUUUGUAGUUUAAAAUG